CACUAUUUAAUACACACCUCACAGGCCCUGCCGUUCCCAUUUUUUUUCCACCUUCCUUUAAAUGUAUGUCUCCUUCUUCCUCAACUCUCACCUUCUCAUCACUUUUAUAACCACCCAUCCCCUUUAACUAAUCCUUUAACUCUCAUGAAGAUUUCUUCUUUCUUCAAGAAUCACCACCACCAAGAACCCACCAGGCUUCAAUGGCCUUCAUGCAAGAAUCCCAAGACUCUUUCUUUCCGAGGUGCCGGAGACGACGACAUUAUCAAGACUGUCAACUCAGUCUUCUUUGACCCUUUGGCACAUGCCAAUGAAGGUGUUGAAACUCCGGAAACAUGGUUCACAAACUCAUCUACAUCUGCGAGAAGCUUAUCCUCCGAGUCGGCACUGAUCGAGGAGUUUGAUGGCGAGUCGUUGGAGAUGGUGGUGCGUGGGGCGAGAUCAGAUAGGCUGUUCUUUGAGCCUGGUGACACUAGUUCGAUCCUGGAAGAAGCAAAGACCGAAGGAUUUCCUUUUCAAGAGAGUGUAGUUCUGGCUAUGGAGUCUGAGGAUCCUUAUGUUGACUUCAGGAGAUCAAUGGAGGAAAUGGUGGAGACUCAUGGAUUGAAAGAUUGGGAAUAUUUGGAAGAGUUGUUGGGAUGGUAUUUGAGAGUGAAUGGGAAGAAAAAUCAUGGAUUUAUAGUCGAUGCUUUUGUUGAUCUACUUGUAGCUCUUGCUUCUAAUUCUUCUUCUUCUUCGGCUGCUGUUGAUUCAACUUCUUAUUCUUCUGCGGUUUCUUCUUUCUCUUCAUCUUCUUUAUCUCCUUUAAGUCAUGAGAUUGGGAUUAAUGAGAUUAAUGAAGUAGAAAAAAUGGUGGCAAUGUCUUAGUAUUAACUUCAAUGUAUCAUGAAUUUUUGUGCAUAUUAGUAGGUUAAAAAUAGCAUAUAUAACAAGCAAUGAAGAGAUUAUAUUCUCUAUCUUUUUGUACAAGUUUUAAUUUUUCUUUAGUAUUUUAAUCUAUGCCCAGAAAUCUGUGUCAGGCUGAAGGAGAUUUCUUGUUUAGGAAAUUAUACAGGUGAAUAUGAGAGAGUUUAGAGAUUUUUUUUGCAAAAUUUUUCCCUCUGAGAUAAUUGUACUGGAACCGGUAGUUCUCCUUCAUUGUACAGGCUGGAUUUCUGUGAUAAUUGUACUGCAUCUUUCUAUGAAUGCCUGUGUGAAUGGUUGACACAUGUUCAGACAUUAUAA